AUGCUGGACGCCUGUCUCGAGGGUGCCUUUGCAUCAUCGCGAUUAUCGAUACUCCCGGAAUACGUCUCUACUGGAUCCUCAGGAACAACGACGACAGUGCCCGCUACUACUGUGGUUCCUGCUGUUGCUACUACCGAUGUCGAUGUUGGUGGGUCGUUGCUCAUCAAUCUGGAAUCUCUUACCGUCAACGUCUUCCGACAUACUAUCGAAACGUAUUUUCCGAUCUCGAGAGCAACAAGCGGGUUCAGCGAAUUCAACUCCUUCAGCACCAAUUCCUUCGGUACCAGCAGCAACAAUACCAACAACAGCGAUGCUACGACGGAUCAUAUAGCAAUACAGCCAUACGAUUGCGAGCAGCGCGUUGUGAUGGCCUGUCAGCGACUGAUUCUCAACAACCCUCGAUUACGCACCCUGUCCACCUCAUACUUUGAAAAAAUCCUUGAAGGCGUGCAGCAAGCCUCAUCGCAGCAAGCAAGACACAGUGGUGGUGACGCCGCCCUAAAGUCACUGAAGCACGUCUCGUAUUCAAGCUGCGACCUCUUGGUUCCAAAACUGCUACCGUCCAGUGUGACCAGUCUCCGGUUGUGGUGCGAGUUCGGUCACCGGUCCUUUCCGCACACCGCCUUGGGUUCAGCGCCGAAUGUCCACGAGAGGUUGGAAUCUUUGGAGGUGAUAUAUGUCGAAUCCUGUGCCCACCUCACGGCACUCCUGGCGCAGGCACCUUUUCUUAAAACCCUGGUCGUCGACAGCUUCACAUUCAACUCUGUGGUUCUAUUUGGAUUUGGAGCGUCCUCUCCAGUCAUCGAAAAUAUCUCCUGGCCGUUAUCCCGGGUCACUGUCCUAGAGUGCCAACAGUCGCGAGGUGCCUUUGUCAACAAGCCUGGUUUCGACAGUUUCUUAACGAGCUUCCCUAUGCUUGUUGAAUACCGCGACGAUAUCUGGUACCCUGCUGUCGCUGCCCAGCUGGUUGAGCAUUACCCCCUUCUUGAGAUCAUUCAUAUCCCCUAUGCGUUGCCGUCCAUGGGAGCCAGGGCUAAGCUACCACCGCGUGCCUUAAGAGCUCCGAUAGAUGACAGUGUUUCGUCGUUGUUGUCGUCACUUUCAAGGCUUCGCGUGCUGGAUAUCCCUUAUGAGUCAAUCAAGGCGGAGACUAUUCUGGAGACACCCUGGGUCUGCUUGGAGUUAGAGGAGUUCUGGUGCCAGAUUGCUGAGGUGCCAUUUCUGACCGACGAGGAAGAACAGCAGGUCCAAGAGAUCCGUCAGCGAGAGGCAGGAGCGAUAGGUUCUGAUCAAGAGUACAUCAGGACAGAUGAGGAGGACGAGGUCAUGGAGCUCAGCGAGAUAUGCGUCUCUGCAAGGAAAAGCAUCUUGACUCAAAUCUCCAAGCUGACUUCACCCAAGUUCUUGUCACUUAGUCCAGAUUUCAGGAUCGGCGCUCAUCUUUUCGAACAUGGGCUGACCGCGAGCCAUGUCUACAAGUCCGAGCGGGACGGACGAGUCUACAUCCGAUACGACGACGUGCUGCCCGACACCCUCUACUUUCGUCUCAACCAUGGACUUGACCAGCUCGCCUCUUUGACAAAGCUCGAGUACCUGAGCUUUGAAUCCAUGGACCACCGGAUGGAGACUGCCGAUAUCGAGUGGUUCGCGAAUCAUCUCCCAAGGCUGAAAGAGAUGCGCGGGUCGGUGACGGAGAACCAUGUUGGGAUGGAACCCGAUCCUGAGAAUGAUGCUCUUGUUGCAUUGAUCUGGAGACUUCGACUAGACGUGGCGCAGAGGCAAACCUUUGAUGGUUACAUUUCUAAUGUUCCACAGAUGAAGGCGUCCCGGUCCAGUCCUAAAACUCGCAACACGCCUCGAGCGUUUCGUUUCAGAGGAUCUCGUCCAACCAAUAAUUAA